ACCUUUGGGUUUGAGGUUGAUCCAAAAUGAUCGAAUCCAAAGUAUAACAAAUGCAGAAUCUUCUCCCCAAAGCCAUGUUGUAGUUUUAUUUGUGCUGUGAAACUAUUUCUUCAGACCCGCUUGCUACAUUUCAAAUUUCAAAAGCCUCCAACGGUCCAAUUUUCUCAUUAAGGAAAAUUUGCAAUUCUAAAACGAAAUCAAAGCCAGUUUCAGAAAGAAUAACCUUCCACCUUUUAAUUUUUAGUCAUCAUCAUCACCAUCACCACAUUCUAAAGCAUAACUUCUUUUCUCUUUUCCUAUGCUUUGUUUAUUAUUGCUGAAUUCAAAAUACAAAGAGUUUCGUUAUCCUCUUUAUCUAUGGAGAAUAAUCAAUGGCGUCUCUAUGAAGAUGACCCACUUCUUCUCACCGACGUUUCCUUCCAACAAGAAACUGAAACCUAUUCCGCUCACUGCUCCAACUACGUUGAUUCACACGCAUCGCUGAGCUCUGGUUGUUCAGCUAUGGCUGCAGAUCCCGAAUCUUGUGGUGGAAGCCCAAGCUAUGGAUUCCAAGGGAACAGUGGACGCUUUGAAAGGAAUAGUGUAGAAUUUGAUGAUCCAGUUGUGAGAACUGUUCUUGAUGGUAGAUCAAUGUUGGGGUAUUCUCUGACUUCACCAGAUUUGGUGAUAUGUGCUGGAUCACCAGAAAUUGCUCGAAUCAGCUAUGGUGAUUCCCCAGAGGUAUUUUGUAACAAGAACUGCAAGAAUUUGGAGUCAUCCAUGGAGCUUUCCCUAGAGAACGGAAUCAAUGGCUCUGAAGUUGACAAUGGCCACAAGACCCCUACUGUUAAAUUCUCUAACUUUUGUCAAACUUUUACACAUGAUGAUUUGAUUGUGUCCCCUGAUGCUUCCUUUGAGCUUCUUCCACCGCCAUUGACCGCAGACGAGUCACCCCUAAACUACCCUCCAAGAGAAAAUGAAAUGCUAGAAGAUAUUUGUGUGUCUCAGGAUGCUGAGUUGGAAUCCUCAGAAGAUACCGAAAAUAUUGGGGUGGAAGAGAAGUAUGAGAAGCUGAAAAGAGUGCUGGCGGAAACAAGGAGGGAGUUGAAAAUGAUUAGAAGGGAGAAUGAGCAGAAGAGCAAGGAAUGCCAAGAAGCUUGGAACUCCCUGAAAGAGCUACAGAAUGAGCUCAUGCGCAAGUCGAUGCACGUAGGAUCAUUGGCGUUUGCCAUAGAGGGGCAAGUGAAAGAGAAAAGCAAGUGGUUUUCAUCAUUAAGAGACUUGAUGAGGAAAUUAAAGAUCAUGAAAAUGGAGCACAUCAAGCUCUUAGAGGAAGCAGAGGCAUACAGGAAAUGUCAAGCAGAAAUCAGCGAAAUGGGGUUAAUGAUAAAUGGCAAACUCAAUGAACAACAAGAAUCUCAUGAAGAUCUCAAGUUCAAAUAUAUCGAGGGGGAAAAGGAACGAAAAGAACUUUACAACAAGGUUUUGGAAUUGAGAGGAAACAUACGAGUCUUUUGCAGGUGUAGGCCCCUUAACGCUGAAGAAUUAGCAGCAGGAGCCACAAUGGCCAUAGAUUUUGAAUCUGCGAAAGAUGGUGAGCUAACUGUAAUGUCAAAUGGUGCUCCUAGAAAGACUUUUAAGUUUGAUGCUGUCUUUGGCCCGCAAGCUGAACAAGCUGAUAUCUUCGAAGACACGGCACCAUUUGCAACCUCAGUUCUAGAUGGAUACAAUGUUUGCAUUUUUGCAUAUGGGCAGACUGGAACCGGAAAGACUUUCACAAUGGAGGGCACUGAGGAGGCUCGUGGAGUUAAUUUCAGGACUCUUGAGAAAAUGUUUGACAUAAUCAGGGAGAGACAGACACACUACAGUUACGAUGUAUCAGUAAGUGUUUUAGAAGUGUACAAUGAACAAAUCAGAGAUUUGCUGUUUUCAGGAAAUCAGCCAGGAGCAACUGCUAGAAGAUUGGAAAUAAGGCAAGCCGGUGAAGGAAUGCAUCAUGUUCCUGGGUUAGUUGAGGCUCAUGUGAACAAUAUGAGUGAAGUCUGGGAAGUCCUGCAAACUGGUAGCAAUGCAAGGGCUGUAAGCUCAACCAAUGCGAAUGAACACAGCAGUAGAUCCCACUGCAUUCAUUGUGUUAUGGUUAAAGGGGAGAACUUGUUGAAUGGGGAAUGCACAAGAAGCAAGUUAUGGCUGGUGGACUUAGCAGGAAGCGAGCGAGUGGCCAAGACAGAUGUCCAAGGCGAUCGACUGAAGGAGGCACAAAACAUUAAUAGGUCUUUGUCAGCACUUGGAGAUGUCAUAUCUGCCCUUGCAACAAAAAGUCCGCAUAUCCCUUUCAGGAACUCGAAACUUACGCAUUUGCUUCAAGACUCAUUAGGAGGGGAUUCAAAGGCACUCAUGUUCGUGCAAAUUAGUCCUAAUGAAAAUGAUUUGGGUGAGACAGUUUGCUCUCUGAACUUUGCUAGUCGAGUAAGGGGAAUAGAACUCGGCCCUGCCAAAAAGCAGUUGGACACUGUUGAACUUCUUAGACACAAGCAGAUGGCUGAGAAAACCAAACAAGAGGCAAAGCUGAAGGAGUUCCAACUCAAGAAGAUGGAGGAAACAAUCCAUGUAUUAGAGUCCAAGAUGAAAGAAAGAGAUAAUAAAAACAAGAGCCUCCAAGACAAGGUCAAGGAACUGGAAGCACAACUUCUCAUCGAAAGAAAACUGGCGAGACAACAUGUGGAUUCGAAAAUAGCUGAGCAGCACCAAAUGAAGCAACAAGAAGAACCAAACAGUGCACUUCCGAGGCCAUCGCUUGUGAAUCGACCACUAAGUAUCAACAAGAAUUUCAAUGAUCAGGUGAGUGGUGGAUGGUGCAAGGACCAAGUAAAUUCUGCUAAACCACUCACGGAAAACAACUUCUUAAAGCCUCUAAUACCCUUUUCCACAAUAGAGAACUCCAUCAAGUGUAUUGAUCAUGCCGAAAAGGAAAACAACCCUGAGAUGGCCGAGAAACUCCUACUGCCAAAACGGUCUGGAAGAGCUUCUAUCUGCACAAUGACACCACGUGUCCCUUCCGCCAUUGCUGCAAGGCGUAACUCUCUCAUUCCACUCCCAAGCAUACCAAGCUUAACUCAGUUCCAAUCGCCACUGCUACCUAUCACCGCGAACCAAGCCACAGAUCAUAAAGAUGUAAAUAGAGAAUUAGACACAAAGUUUGUGCUGGCAGAACAGACACAAUGUGAGAGUCCUAAGGAAGUAAGAAGUGGAGUUAAGAAGAUAGGUAGCAUACUAAGAAGAAGCCUUCAUAAGAAGAUACAAGUGAAGUCUCCACAAAUGAGAAGGGUUGGUGUAAAUGUAGGGAUGGAGAAGGUUAGAGUUUCCAUUGGAACUAGAGGGAGAUUGGGACAAAGGGUGCAAGUUGGAAGUGCUAGAAGAGGUAAGGAGAUCCAACAAAAGAAUAGCCAAAAGGAAAAGGAAAGAGGUUGGAUAUGAUAAAUCUGAAUUGAUCUUAGAUUUUAUUUUUUAUUUUUAUAUAUUUUAUUGUGUGUGGAUAGAUAGAAGUGAUUUCUUGUUUGAUGGUCAUCCUUCCUAGGAACAUGAAGAAUGACAUAUGUUUCAUGAGGAAAAUGGUAAUUAGUACAAAACUCAUUUUGAAUUUUUUUUAAAUGAAAUGGGUUGUGGAGCAAGGAGUGUGAAAAUCAAUCUUGAUGUGUAUAAUCUCUAUUUAAAUUUAAGAUUCUGGUCAUUAUAAUUCAUUAAUUCUUGGUAAUUGCUGUUAAA